AUGCCUCUGUGUCCAAGUUUCCAUGUCCUCCCGCUGCUGCGUAUCUGCGUCCCCCGAUCAGUGGUGCGUCCCUCCGUCGGCCUCUCCGUGCUCCUUGUCUCCCAUUUCUACAUUGGCAAGUGUCAGAUAGACAGUGUGGAGCUGUCCAUAUACAGGUACUGCCGUCUAGCCCCGUACCUGGCUGGGGUCCACACUGGCCUGUACAAACGCAUGCGCUGGAAUGUGGAGAGACCCAGAGAGAGCCUACAGCAGGAAACGGAUGGCGAGAUGGAGGGACAUCCAGAGGAGGACAAGCCAGUGGCAGGGAAAGAGAGAGCCACCAAGACAGAGUACUACUUCCUGUGCUACGAGGACGUCCCUGAGGAGCCUGCUGAGGUGGGCGAUGGAGAGGGUAAAGGGGAGACGGUUGCUAUAGGCAAUAUGGUCAAGGUGUGGUCAAUCGGUCAGUGGAUUCAAACGUAUCCUGACCCCGUGAGCGAUGACAUCUACAACUGGGUGCUGUGCUGGGUUCCGCAGGCUAGGUACCACAGGCUGUUGUGUCUGGGAGGAGAGGAGCCCUCUGCUUGCAACGCUACAGACUGCCUGCUGGGGGCGUUGUUUUCUCAACAGAGCCCAGUGGAAGGCCCCAGUCGUGAAACAACAUAA